AGUUCCUGCCAGUAAGUCCCUAGGCCUCCAUCUCUCUCCCUUGCUGUACCACCUUCACCACCAUCCAUGCGCCCCCAAGAGCCUUAGUGACUCUAGAAGAGACUCCAGGCAGGAGAAGCUGAAAGGACCUUUCACUCCCUACUUUUGGCCAGGGCCUUCUAUGCCACCUGCCAAGGCCAGCAGGCCUACCCUCUGAAGAGGUCCAAGCAACGGAAGUACUACUACGAAGCUGCCUUUCUGGCCAUCCUUGAGAAAAACAGACAGAUGGCCAAGGAGAGGGGCCUAAUAAGCCCCAGUGAUUUUGCCCGGCUGCAAAAAUACAUGGAAUGUGAGUCUUCCUGUCAGGCCUUCAGUUCUGGAGACCCUGCCCCAGAGAAUCCCUCCUCCUCCUCAUUACACCCCCUGGCCCCCAGCUUCCUCAGUGGCUUUGAGCAGUGUGCUGCUCAGAUGUGCCCAUGACUGGGAAUGGGAGGAGUGGGAGAUGGGGAGAUGUCAGAAAAAGAUCCGGAUCUACCACAGUCUAACCCGGCUGCAUUGUGCAAGGUCUCGGCUUUCUACCCACCUUCGCUAUACCUGGACUGCUUGCUCCAGCUCUCAGAGAAGAGGUGUAAAGAGUGACUCCACCAAAAAGGUCAGUGAUGUCCUAAAGCUCUUUGAGGAUGGCGAGAUGGCUAAAUAUGUCCAAGGAGAUGCCAUUGGGUACGAGGGAUUCCAGCAAUUCCUGAAAAUCUAUCUGGAAUUGGAUAAUGUUCCCAGACACCUAAGCCUGGCACUGUUUCAAUCCUUUGAGACUGGUCACUGCUUAAAUGAGACAAAUGUGGCAAAAGAUGUGGUGUGUCUCAAUGAUGUUUCCUGCUACUUUUCCCUUCUGGAGGGUGGUCGGCCAGAAGACAAGUUAGAAUUCACCUUCAAGCUGUACGACACGGACAGAAAUGGGAUCCUGGACAGCUCAGAAGUGGACAAAAUUAUCCUACAGAUGAUGCGAGUGGCUGAAUACCUGGAUUGGGAUGUGUCUGAGCUGAGGCCGAUUCUUCAGGAGAUGAUGAAAGAGAUUGACUAUGAUGGCAGUGGCUCUGUCUCUCAAGCUGAGUGGGUCCGGGCUGGGGCCACCACCGUGCCACUGCUAGUGCUGCUGGGUCUGGAGAUGACUCUGAAGGACGAUGGACAGCACAUGUGGAGGCCCAAGAGGUUCCCCAGACCAAUCUACUGCAACCUGUGCGAGUCAAGCAUUGGUCUUGGCAAACAGGGACUGAGCUGUAACCUCUGUAAGUACACUGUUCACGACCAGUGUGCCAUGAAAGCCCUGCCUUGUGAAGUCAGCACCUAUGCCAAGUCUCGGAAGGACAUUGGUGUCCAAUCACAUGUGUGGGUGCGAGGGGGCUGUGAGUCCGGGCGCUGCGACCGCUGUCAGAAAAAGAUCCGGAUCUACCACAGUCUGACCGGGCUGCAUUGUGUAUGGUGCCACCUAGAGAUCCACGAUGACUGCCUGCAAGCGGUGGGCCAUGAGUGUGACUGUGGGCUGCUCCGGGAUCACAUCCUGCCUCCAUCUUCCAUCUAUCCCAGUGUCCUGGCCUCUGGAUCGGAUCGUAAAAAUAGCAAAACAAGCCAGAAGACCAUGGAUGAUUUAAAUUUGAGCACCUCUGAGGCUCUGCGGAUUGACCCUGUUCCUAACACCCACCCACUUCUUGUCUUUGUCAAUCCUAAGAGUGGCGGGAAACAGGGGCAGAGGGUGCUCUGGAAGUUCCAGUAUAUAUUAAACCCUCGACAGGUGUUCAACCUCCUAAAGGAUGGUCCUGAGAUAGGGCUCCGAUUAUUCAAGGAUGUUCCUGAUAGCCGGAUUUUGGUGUGUGGUGGAGACGGUACAGUAGGCUGGAUUCUAGAAACCAUUGACAAAGCUAACUUGCCGGUUUUGCCUCCUGUUGCUGUGUUGCCCCUGGGUACUGGAAAUGAUCUGGCUCGAUGCCUAAGAUGGGGAGGAGGGUAUGAAGGACAGAAUCUGGCAAAGAUCCUCAAGGAUUUAGAGAUGAGUAAAGUGGUACAUAUGGAUCGAUGGUCUGUGGAGGUGAUACCUCAACAAACUGAAGAAAAAAGUGACCCAGUCCCCUUUCAAAUCAUCAAUAACUACUUCUCUAUUGGUGUGGAUGCCUCUAUUGCUCAUCGAUUCCACAUCAUGCGAGAGAAAUAUCCGGAGAAGUUCAACAGCAGAAUGAAGAACAAGCUCUGGUACUUCGAAUUUGCCACAUCUGAAUCCAUCUUCUCAACAUGCAAAAGGCUGGAGGAGUCUUUGACAGUUGAGAUCUGUGGGAAACCGCUGGAUCUGAGCAACCUGUCCCUAGAAGGCAUCGCAGUGCUAAACAUCCCUAGCAUGCAUGGUGGCUCCAACCUCUGGGGUGAUACCAGGAGACCCCAUGGGGAUAUCUAUGGGAUCAACCAGGCCUUAGGUGCUACAGCUAAAGUCAUCACCGACCCUGAUAUCCUGAAAACCUGUGUACCAGACCUAAGUGACAAGAGACUGGAAGUGGUCGGAUUGGAGGGUGCAAUUGAGAUGGGCCAAAUCUAUACCAAGCUCAAGAAUGCCGGACGUCGGCUGGCCAAGUGCUCUGAGAUCACCUUCCACACCACAAAAACCCUUCCCAUGCAAAUUGACGGAGAACCCUGGAUGCAGACGCCGUGUACAAUCAAGAUCACCCACAAGAACCAGAUGCCCAUGCUCAUGGGCCCACCCCCCCGCUCCACCAAUUUCUUUGGCUUCUUGAGCUAAGGGGGGACACCCUUGGCCUCCAAGCCAGCCUUGAACCCACCUCCCUGUCCCUGGACUCUACUCCUGAGGCUCUGUACAUUGCUGCCACAUACUCCUGCCAGCUUGGGGGAGUGUUCCUUCACCCUCACAGUAUUUAUUAUCCUGCACCACCUCACUGUUCCCCAUGCGCACACACAUACACACACCCCAAAACACAUACAUUGAAAGUGCCUCAUCUGAAUAAAAUGACUUGUGUUUCCCCUUUGGGAUCUGCUAA